GAGAGAAAGCUACACCACACCGAAUCCAACAACCGAGAAGAAGAAGAAGGAGCCGCGGGGGCGAUGCAGCAGGCGAUGUCCAUGUCCCCGGGGUCGGCCGGCGCGGUGCCGCCUCCGGCCGGCAUCACCACAGAGCAGAUCCAAAAGGCUUAAAAACCGGAGAAACCUCGAAAAAGAGCAACCCGAGAGAAAUCUACAUCCCCACCGAAUCCAACAAUUGAGAAGAAAGAGCUGCUGUGAUGCAGAAGCCGACGUUCAUGCCCGACGCCGACGAGCUGGUGUCCCGUCUGGCCGACGUCUCCACCGACCAGAUCCAAAAGUAUUUGGAUGAAAAUAAGCAACUUAUUUUGGCCAUCCUGGAAAAUCAGAACCUAGGAAAGUUGACUGAAUGUGCUCAGUAUCAAGCUCAACUUCAGAAGAAUCUCUUGUAUCUGGCUGCCAUUGCGGAUGCCCAACCACCACAGAACCCUGGAAGUCGCCCCCAGAUGGUGCAGCCUGGUGGUAUGCCAGGUGCAGGGCAUUACAUGUCGCAAGUACCAAUGUUCCCUCCAAGAACCCCUUUAACCCCACAACAGAUGCAAGAGCAACAGCACCAGCAGCUUCAGCAGCAGCAAGCACAGGCUCUUGCUUUCCCCAGCCAGAUGGUCAUGAGACCAGGUACUGUGAACGGCAUGCAGCCUAUGCAAGCUGAUCUCCAAGCAGCAGCAGCAGCACCUGGCCUGGCAGACAGCCGAGGAAGUAAGCAGGACGCAGCGGUAGCUGGGGCCAUCUCGGAACCUUCUGGCACCGAGAGUCACAAGAGUACAGGAGCGGAUCAUGAGGCAGGUGGCGAUGUAGCUGAGCAAUCCUAAGCUGUUAGUGUUAGGCUAUACAAUGCCAUGUAUACUAAGAAAGAAAGCCGCCCCUCUGCUCGUUGUGUCUCGUAGAAGACUCAUUUUAUCAGUCAUUUAGAACAAGCAUUAGAUUGGUGAUGAUGAUGUAAUCUGUCCGAGAUUGUUAUCUCACUCUUAACUUGUUGUGGCCCCUGUGGAAUAAUCCUUCAGCCUAUUGUUCCGGAUGAUUUUACUUCAGUUUACUCGCUAAUAUGAUGCUUAAUAUGAUGGGAGUGA